CAACAGAUGCAUGCUGACUGGCCAGUAUAUCAUGAUAUCACUGAUAGGAGGAGGAGUCUUGUACACAAGUUAUGUUGUGUUAUUAUAGAACUGAAGCAAAACGCAGUAUCGACACGUUGAAGCGAAUAAAAAGCUACCAACGGGAAGAAGAGAAGACAACAGGAGUAUGAACUUGAUCUUUUACUGAUCAUCAGCUGAUCAUCAGCUGAUAUAAUUGAUGUGAUAGAAAGUGGACAGAUCGCCGAUCGCUCUCUUUGCCUUAGAAACAAGAAGGAGAUUUAAACCGACAGUGAGUAGUGACCUUGACUGUCCCUUUGAGGCCUUCUGAAUUUACUUCAUUUAAUUUUCUGGUCACUAAGUGUAAUGCACCCAGUAAAGUCAACAGGAAAACUUUACAUGCUCUUCCGUGUUCGUAGAGAGGAGCUCAUGGUUCGUAGAGACAGCUGCCAGAGACGGAGAAACGCAAGAACAGAGAGAAGAUGAUCAGGAUCCUUCUGUUUCUCGGCCUGGCGUCCUCUGUCUGGACGUUUGUUUUGAAAAGGACUGCGACUGUCUUUGAGGCCAAGGAGGACGACAACAUCACCAUCAGAUUGGACAGUCAGCUCCAAGCUGACGUGUCUCUGGCUGACAUGAUGUGUGUUUUCCACUCAGACGUCACUAAGAUUUUGUUUAAAAUGAUCAGAGGAGUGGAGGACUCUGAGUCUCAGCAUGAGCAGUUUGCAGGACGAGUUCAGACUGACAGAGACGCUCUGAGAGGAGGACGAAUCAGACUUCAUCUGUCCAGAGUCACAGCUGAAGACUCUGGAAGCUACAGGUGUGACGUGGCUGCCGACUACGACGACAGCCUGAAGAGAUGGAGGCUCGAGACAAAUGAAAACUUUGUCUUGAGUGUGGGUCGAACUUCUGAUGGAGACAGCAGUGAUUUCUCACUCAAACCUCCAAUGUUUGGACCACCAAAAGGUUUUGCGUCUCUGUACAUGAAUGUGAGGAAAAUAAAGGUGGACAAAAUGAAGAUUUUGAGUGCAGGUGAUGCUGAAGAUCCACAACUGGCGGGAAGAAAGACAAGUCAGGAGGAAACGGUGCUGUUUGUUCUGGCUGUAGUUUUAAUUAUUGCAAAUGCAGGAACCAUCGUACUUUUAAUAAAAUUUCUUCAUGAUGGUUUAAAACGAUCAACAACAUGAUGAAACACCGCUACUGUGUCCCUGACCAAAUGAGUCAAACCAACAACGACUUUCUUACCUGCUCCAGUUGUGCUAAUGUUAAAAACAAACUAACAAAUAAACAACAGCAAAAAAAAGCUCACUAUAAGAAAAUUACACUUAGAAGAUGAAAAAAGACCAAAAAAAAUCAGAUGUUAAAAUGCUGAUUCUUUGCUUUCGAAAAUCUUUUUCAGUAUUUGUGUCUUUUCUAAAUUGAGCCUUUGAACUAAGAGUUGAUAGAAAUGAUAUUUCAGAAGCAAAUCAUUCUACAUUUAGUGAUUUAGGGUUUAAUUUCCUCAUAUAUAACGCAUAUGCAGUAUGAUGUAUUUUUCUCACUUAAAAAUACUCAAAUGAAGAUCAGUGUAUAUCAUGGGGAUAACAGCUGUGGGGUUUAAGGAAGAAAGAACAGAUGUAAUUUUCUGUACCAUCACUUCAAAGUCCUUUUCUGUAUCUAUUACCACAUUGUGUUCAUAUGCAGAGAGAAAUAACUUACUUGUUAUCAAAAGGGACUUUGAUAUAUAGUUUCAUCAGUGAAAUUGCACAAGGCAUAUUGUACAAGGUACAGCGGCCAUGAACAGCACUAAUGCUAACUUUAUUUGAAACAUCUUGUCUGUAGGAAUAUUGAUUCUGUUCUUGAAAUAAUAUUUUGACUUUUAGAAAUGUUGUCUUAUUCUCAAAAUGAAAAACGUAAAAAAGAAAAGUUGUCAGUCAAGUCCCCACAGUGCUGCGUGGUAGACUGCUGCAACAGCUGCCAGCACAUGUGUUCUUAAGCUUCCUGUUUUUCUGGUUCUUUUUGUCACACUCUUGGCAGUCAAGACUCUUUGCUAGAUCAUCACUCUGGCAGUGCAUAUCCUGUUUGCUUUGAAGUGAACACAACAUGGUUUCAGAGCUGAGGCUAACUGGAGAACUAAGCAGCUAUCAGAGAUCAAUGAUAUGAACAAAACUGGGGAACA